ACCUGUCCUGCCUUCUCGAGGAGCACACAUCUGGAAGUGGUUUCAGGGAUCCUGCACAAGGCCUGUAUUCCCAGCGGCUGAAGGAGGGGAGGAAACCCGAGCCACUGAAAGCCAACGCAAGCGGAGGUGGGUGUGGACGGCCGAGGCACACGGUCUUGGAAGCAGCAUAUUGGCCCUGGGGCUCUCUAGCCCUUCGGAGUUUCCAAUGGGACCUGGGAAGCAGCAGAAACAACAGGAAUCUUAGCCGCCCCCGCGAGACCAGCCGCAGUUUGAACGCUCCACCCUGCGGCGGUUCUGGAGCUAGGAGCCCAAAGCCCACCCUCACAUCCAUCAGGUCCUGGUUGCUCUCCAGGUAGACACACAUGGCUCUCCUACGAAAAAUUAAUCAAGUGCUGCUCUUUCUUCUGGUCCUGACCCUUUGUGGGAUUCUGUAUAAGAAAGUGCGCAAGGGGGCCACACUCAAGAACGAAGCAGUGCUCCCCCGCAACAGGAAAGGAAACCGAACAGUGCAGCCGACAAAUGCAGCCACAGCAGGCGCCCAAGACUCUGUGUGCUGGGGAGCUGUUGCAGGCCUCCUACGUGGCAGAUAUGACGACGCAGAGUCCCCCGAGGACACGGAAGAGGAGAUUCCAGUGGUGAUCUGCGCGGCCGCGGGGAGGAUGGGUGCAGCCAUGGCUGCCAUCAACAGCAUCUACAGCAACACCGAUGCCAACAUUGUGUUCUAUGUAGUCGGACUACGGAACACUCUGUCUCGAAUACGAAAAUGGAUUGAACAUUCUAAACUGAGAGAAAUAAAUUUCAGAAUUGUGGAGUUCAACCCUAUAGUCCUCAAGGGGAAGAUCAGGCCAGACUCCUCGAGGCCCGAGCUGCUCCAGCCUCUGAACUUCGUUCGGUUUUAUCUCCCUCUGCUUGUCCAUCAACAUGAGAAAGUCAUCUAUUUGGACGAUGAUGUCAUUGUACAAGGCGACAUCCAGGAACUCUAUGACACCACCUUGGCCCUGGGCCACGCAGCGGCCUUCUCCGAUGACUGUGACUUGCCCUCUGCUCAAGACAUCAACCGACUUGUGGGGCUUCAGAACACAUAUAUGGGCUAUCUGGACUACCGGAAGAAGACCAUCAAGGAACUUGGCAUCAGCCCCAGCACCUGUUCGUUCAAUCCUGGUGUGAUUGUCGCCAACAUGACCGAAUGGAAACACCAACGCAUCACCAAACAGCUGGAAAAGUGGAUGCAAAAGAACGUGGAAGAAAACCUCUACAGCAGCUCCCUGGGAGGAGGUGUGGCUACCUCUCCGAUGCUGAUUGUGUUUCACGGCAAGUAUUCCACCAUCAACCCUCUGUGGCACAUCCGGCACCUGGGCUGGAACCCUGAUGCAAGAUAUUCAGAACACUUUCUACAGGAAGCUAAACUACUCCACUGGAAUGGAAGACAUAAGCCCUGGGACUUCCCUAGUGUUCACAAUGACUUAUGGGAAAGCUGGUUUGUUCCUGACCCUGCAGGGAUCUUUAAGCUCAAUCACAAUACAUGAUACACUCCAACAGUAGAUAAAAAAUGAAUUGUCCCUUUGUGUCCUACUCCUAACACUGCUCUUUAUGAGCAGCACCUCUGAGGUGUGCGCUCUACGAUGUAAGGAGCAAAAACUACUGUGGACAGGGUGAACCAUGGACCAUAUGGGCAGAUUUAACCAACUUGUUCAAGUUAAAAUGAUGGCCAGUGACCCCCAUCCCUUUCUUUCUUAGUGUUUAGUGUUUUGAGACAGGGUCUCACUAUGUACCCAAGGCUGGCCUUUACCUGAAUGACAAUUACAUUUGAAAACUUAAAAAAAAGAAAUCUGAUUUUUCAGGGAGGCGUUUUGUAGACAUUCUUUUGUUAGUUUUGGCUCUGUUUAAGAUAAGGUCUCCCUGGCUGGAGAGAUGGCUAGGUGUUGAAGAGAGGGGCUGCUCUUCCAGAGGACCAGGUAUGACUCCCAGCAUUAUGGGGAGCUCACGCUCUCCUAGCCUUCAGGAGCACUGGCACACAUGUGAUGCGUAGACAUACUGUAGGCAAAACAUCCACACAUUUUUAAAUAGUAAAAUUCAGUUAGGAUGGUGGUAGCACACGCCUUUAAUCCCAGCACUCGGGAGGCAGAGAUAGGCAGGUCUCUAUGAGUUCGAGACCAGCCUGGUCUACAGAGUGAAUUCCAGGACAGCUAGGGCUACACACAGAGAAACCCUGUCACAAACAAACAACCACAACAAGACAAAACAACCCAAGAGUAACAACAACAACAACAACAACAAAAAAGUGCUUUCUAUAUACUGCUUGCUUAGAACUCACAAGGCUGGCUUCAAACACACGAAGAUCUGCAUGCCUUUGCCUCCUGAGUACUGGAAUUAAAAGGUCUGUAUCACCAUGCCUGGCUGCAGAGUUUUUUAUUUUUUUUUAAAAAACAGG